CUAACUUUGGAGCGUUAUUUAGAAUCCUUUGUGACAAGCUAGUAUGACAUGAUGAUACCAAUGGAUUCCUUAGCUUUUCUAGUUUCAUAUGAUACCUGUAUCUUCAGCUUGGAAAGUUUGCUUUCAGAUAUGUGGCUCCAGCCUCCAGGAAUGUACAACUGGUUUUGAUUAAAGGAAUGUUUUUGAUAAAGAUGCUUGAUAGACCCUUUUCACAGCAGACAUUUUUGGCUUGUCAAAGCAGGAAAAGCACAGGUGUAAAUAAUCACACUAAUGAUGGCUCCAUUCCAUUAAUAAGUGUCCUAGCAAGCCAUGUCCGUGUGCAGUACUGGAGCCCUGGAACUGGCUCACCUAAAUGGAAAGCAGCCUUCAUUAAUGUUAUCAAUUCCACCUGUGCUUUUCCUGCUUUGGCAAGUUAUAAUGUCUGCUGUGAAAAGGGUCUUUUGCCCAUCCUCUCGGUCUGAUUGCAUUGAUGGAGGGAGGGGUUCAAUAAUGCGCCAGCAGGCAAAGAGUUAACCUGUCGGAGGAUGUUGUUGAGCGCACCAACCAUCCAACCAUCCAACCCGGGCUGUGUCGCUAAGGGAGGAGAGGCUACUUGUGAAGAAAGCAACAGAUCCUCCAGCUGCAAAACAACCUCCACAUCUGGCAGCACGCUACAGCUGAGCAGGAAGAAGAAGAGCUGGUGGAAUAAUAACAUCUCUGUGUGUGCGUGAUUAAAAUGCGCAACUGGAUCAUCGUCAGGCUUUGUGGAGAAAAAAAGAAAAGUUGUCAGGAAUAGUUGUGUAUUUUUGACGUUGAGGAAUUUGGAUAAGUCUCAAAAGAGGGUGAGGAGUGACACAUUACUUCAGGCGGCUAAAAGUGCUUCACGUACUGGAGCCUAUACUGUGCGUAAUUAGCCCAUUUUUUUGUUUUGUUUUCAAAAGUGCAACAUCUGGAAACAUUCAUUGAAGUCUCAUUGUCUAUUCGACGGGAAAACAUUUAAAAAAACACACCCGGUGAGUCUGGGUUUGUGUUUUUGUUGCGACACCAGACGGAGUUUAGUAACAGGUGGUUUUUAUUGUGCGUCUCUUUGGCUGCUGUCUGGAUCUUUAUUAUAGGGAUCUUUAUUAUAGGGCUGUCUGGAUCUUUAUUAUAGGCGCUUAUUGUUUUUGUUGUUUUUAUAAAUGAGACGCACAGGUAUAAGGACUGGGGUGUGAAAUGAGGUUAAUUUUCUGAUUUUUGCACAGCUUGUUUAACGGAGGAGUAGAGGAGGAUUUCUCAAUGAUCAGCUCGGUGUGUGUUUCGACUUACCGGGGGCGCAAGACAGGCAACAAACCUGCGUCUAAAACAUGUCUGAAGGAGGAGACGUACCGAGGAGAAGACUCGGAGAAGAUCAUCAUCAACGUGGGAGGCACCAGACAUGAAACCUAUAAAAGCACCCUGAGGACGCUGCCGGGGACCCGCCUGGCAUGGCUGGCAGACCCGGACCCGGAGCAGCAGGUCAGCAGCUCGGAACCGGACUCUGCAGAGUUCUUCUUCGACAGACACCCGGGCAUCUUCGCCUACGUGCUGAACUACUACCGGACCGGUAAGCUGCACUGCCCGGCCGACGUGUGCGGGCCUCUGUUCGAGGAGGAGCUGGCCUACUGGGGGAUCGAUGAGACGGACGUGGAGCCGUGCUGCUGGAUGACCUACCGGCAGCACCGGGACGCCGAGGAGGCUCUGGAGACGUUUGAACCUCCGGACCCGGACACCGACGACGAGAGAGAGAUGCCGAGGCGGUUCGGCAUCGAGGACGGUCCAGACAGGUCCUCCAGGAGCUGCUGCCAAGUUUGGCAGCCCAAAGUCUGGGCCUUGUUUGAGGACCCGUACUCCUCCAGAGCAGCCAGGGGAGUGGCGUUCAUCUCUCUGUUUUUCAUCCUGGUGUCCAUCACCAACUUCUGCCUGGAGACCCAUGAAGCCUUCAACGUGCUGCAGUACCGCAAGGAGGUGGUCGGCGAGGGAAACGACACACGCAUAGUGGAAAAACCGGAGAUGGUGACCAAGCCCAUCCUCACUGUGGUGGAGGGCGUCUGCGUGGUCUGGUUCACAUUUGAGUUCCUGGUGCGUAUCGUCUGCUGCCCAAAUAAGCUGAUCUUCAUCAAGAACACGCUCAACAUCAUUGACUUUGUGGCCAUUCUGCCGUUCUAUCUGGAGAUGAGCCUGAAGGAUCUGUCCUCCAAAGCCGCCAGCGACGUGCUCGGCUUCCUCCGUGUGGUGCGGUUUGUUCGGAUCCUCCGGAUCUUCAAGCUGACGCGGCACUUUGUAGGCCUGCGCGUGCUGGCCCACACGCUGAGGGCCAGUGUCAAUGAGUUCCUUCUCCUCGUCAUCUUCUUGGCGCUGGGUGUACUCAUCUUCGCCACCAUGAUAUACUAUGCCGAGCGCAUCGGAGCCCAGCCCGAUGACCCCACAGGCUCCAAUCACACACACUUCAAGAACAUCCCCAUCAGCUUCUGGUGGGCGGUGGUCACCAUGACGACGCUGGGCUACGGAGACAUGUACCCUAAGACGUGGCUGGGCAUGAUGGUGGGAGCGUUGUGCGCGCUGGCCGGGGUGUUGACCAUCGCCAUGCCGGUCCCCGUCAUUGUCAAUAACUUUGGGAUGUACUACUCGCUGGCUAUGGCCAAACAGAAGCUGCCGAAAAAGAAGAAGAAGCACAACCCGAACCCAGACGCUCCGACUGACUCGGCCUCGUUUGUGAAGUCGGGAACAAACUCGCACAGAGACAGCACUCAGAGCGACACGUGUCCGCUGGCUGCGGAGGAGAGCGUCAGCAGGAACCGCUCAGACUCCAAACAGAACGGGGAUGCAAAUGUGGCCCUUUCAGAAGAGGAGGGCUGCAGCCUGACCCAGCCGCUGUCCCCCAGUGAGAAGUGGUCGCUGCGCUGCUCCCGAGGGCGAGACAAAACCAAGAAGGAGGCCACCUGCUUCCUCUUAACCCCUGGAGACCCCAACGUCCACACUGAGGGCUGUAAAGACAUCCUCGCUGCCACUGGAAACUACGCUCAGCCGGAGGUCACCACGCUGACCUGAUGCUGAUUGGCCAUGAAAAGGAGAAAGAUCAUGAACUCUCGGUGGAGUACAUGCAGUGCAUUUCAGUACCGAGUGAACUGCAGAGCAGAUUCAAGACAAGAGUUUUUUUAUUUAAUUUUUUUCUUCUCUCUCAUACAUCCAAAAGCCUGAGGUAGAAAAUCAGUUGCGUAGGAGAUUCACCAUAUGUACACUCAUUUACAUGUUACAGAGCAAUUUGCAUGUGUUGCAUGAUCUACCAUGAUAUAAUGUACUGGCUACCAUUAAUAUACUUAUCAUUUAGUGGACAUGUCAUAGCCUGUAUUAAAAACACAUUUUCUCAAGUAGCUUCUUAUAAAGAGGCGAAGUCCCUCCCCUUCUGGUGAGCCCUGUGGGACCUUAUUUCAACAGAAAUAUGUACAGUAGUCGACGGAGAGAGACACAUAUUUGUUUGAUCCCGUUUGAAUUGCGCCAUGAAUCACACAUAUGAUGUUUGUCAAUUUAAAAGAUAAUUUUGCAAGUCAAGAAAGUGGCAGUUUGUCGUAGGUUUGUGGUAGUAUCAUUCAGUUUUGAUCUCUCUUCUCGCACAAUAAACGUCACCUACACUAGCUAGAUAGCUAACUUAGCUAUGACCACACACACAAAUGACACGUUAUCUUACCUGAUGUGUUUUAUUCAGCGACUCCUGGUCUUUUUAUCAGCCGGGAAGCAAAAGAAAGAGCGAGACCCGUUGCUGGUGUGAGUUCAUUCCAGUACGAAACACACAAUAAUCGUAUCUUUUGGUGUGUAAUCUUUCUAAUUACGUAUUUUCACAAUCUGAUUUUUUACAACAAACUGCGACUUUCUUGACUUGCAAAAUUAUGUUUUAAAUUGACAAACAUCAUAUGUGUGAUUCAUGGUGCAAUUCAAACAGGAUAAAAAAAUGAUUUGUCUCUCGCCGUUGACCACUGUAUAUAUUUUUUCAGUAAUAAGUCCCAUGGUGGUCCUCAGGAAGGGGCGGGGCUUCGCUUCUCUAAUGUGACUGACGGGGCCCUAUAUGAACACACAAUUUACUGCCAUCGUUGGAAUAGUUUUUGGUUAUUCCACAGUACAGAUUUCUUUUUUGUCUCUGUGCCUUUUUUACGGGUUGGAAGUGGGCGUGCCUCUGUUGGAAAAAAGUGAUGUCAUACAUGUCCGUAUACCAAUCAGGAUUUAGCAACAUUUGAAUCUGAUGACAGUUGGUGGGUUGUUUGGUCACUGUCAAUCAAAUCUGAUCAAAUAACACCCACACAGUCCUGAUGAAGCAGAUUAGCCAACUUUUUUGUCGUAAACUCUUAAUAAAUAAUACUAACUUUAGUUAGUUAUUGUUGGUUAUUGGUCAACUUUGACUGUUGCUUAUAGAGUGCUGCAGGGAUGACUUAUUUUUGUAGGCCAACCAGGAAGUUAGCAUCACCCUGGUUCCCUCGACAAAAAGCCAAUGGGAUUUUUCCAUUGGGUUUUGAAUUAUGGCCGAAAAUAAGCUCCGUGGCAAACAAACGUUUAUGAUACUUAGAUGUUUUGUUCAGCAAGAUAAUCUUCACAAAUGAACACCACUUUUAUGAUUUUUGAAGUGUGAAUGCAAUCGGCA